AUGAAGCUCGUCCGUUUUUUGAUGAAGUGCGCCAAUGAGACGGUGACUAUUGAGCUCAAGAAUGGCACAAUCCUUCACGGAACCAUCACUUCAGUCUCCCCGCAGAUGAACACCUCGCUUCGAACCGUCAAGAUGACCCCCAAGGGCCGUGACCCCAUCUCGCUCGACACUAUCAACAUUCGUGGCUCUACCAUUCGUUACUACAUUCUUCCCGACAGCUUGCCGCUGGAUACACUCCUCGUUGACGAUGCCCCCAAGCCCAAGAAUAAGGCUCGCAAGGAGGCUGACCGUGGUGGACGCGGCGGCCGUGGUGGUCCCCGGGGUGGUGGAGGCCGAGGCCGCGGCGGUGGCGGUGGCCGUGGCCGUGGGCGGGGACGUGGCUUCUAG